CGGAAGCGGAAGUGCGGAACCUAAGGACAGAAGUGCUGCUGCUGUGAGCUAGUGAGUCCAGGAAAGAUGCUGACCAACAUCUCCAAUGUGCUGCGAGCCUGCGCUUCCAGGAAUGGAGCUGCGGCGGUCGUUUCAGCACGCACAUAUGCUGACUUCACAACCCAGGCUACCUUCGAAGUGAAGAAAUGUGAUGUGCACAAGCUGGAUGAGGCUCCAGCCACUGAGGUGGUUAUGACCCGAGAUGAGGGUCUGCAGUACUACCGCACCAUGCAGACCAUCAGGCGCAUGGAGCUGAAGGCAGAUCAGCUCUAUAAGCAGAAGAUCAUCAGAGGGUUUUGCCACUUGUAUGAUGGACAGGAAGCUUGUGCCGUCGGUAUUGAAGCAUCCAUUAAUUUGUCUGACCACCUGAUCACUGCUUACCGCGCCCAUGGAUACACUUACACCCGAGGAGGGAAAGUAAAGGAGAUCAUGGCCGAGCUCACCGGCAGAAGAGGAGGUAUUGCAAAAGGCAAAGGAGGAUCAAUGCACAUGUACUGCAAAAACUUCUAUGGAGGAAAUGGAAUUGUUGGAGCACAGGUUCCCCUUGGUGCUGGUGUAGCUCUGGCCUGCAAAUUUCAGGGCAACAACGAGUUGUGUGUCUGUCUCUAUGGUGAUGGUGCUGCCAACCAGGGUCAGAUCUUUGAAACCUACAAUAUGGCCUCUCUGUGGAAGUUGCCCCUCAUCUUCAUCUGUGAGAACAACCGGUACGGUAUGGGAACGUCAGUGGAGCGAGCUGCAGCCAGCACAGACUACUACAAGAGAGGAGAGUUCAUCCCUGGUCUCCGGGUGGAUGGGAUGGAUGUCUUGAGCGUUCGGGAAGCAGUCAGGUUUGCCGCUGAUCACUGCAGAACUGGAAAGGGUCCCAUUAUCAUGGAGCUUCAGACAUACCGCUAUCAUGGACACAGUAUGAGUGAUCCCGGCGUCAGCUACCGCACACGUGAGGAGAUCCAGGAGGUCCGCAGUAAGAGCGACCCCAUAUCUCUGCUGAAGGAUCGUAUGCUUAGCAACAACAUGGCCAGCAUUGAGGAGCUCAAGGAGAUUGAUAUAGCGGUGAGGAAGGAAAUAGAAGAUGCUGCCCAGUAUGCCACCACGGAUCCUGAACCCCCACUGGAAGAGUUGUGCAACCACAUAUUCGCCAACAACCCACCUCUGGAUGUGCGUGGCACGAACCCGUGGUCCAAGCUGAAGUCUACGAGCUAAACUAUUUUUUUUUCUCAUCUCGCCUUUUCAUCACCUCUCCAGCGCUGUAAUAUAUUUCCCCCCCCCCCAUCCCUACCCAUCACGAACACACAUCAUAUAAUGUACCGUCUGAUGACUCAAGCCCAGGACGUAAUGCAUCAAUCAGCAAGUAUUUAAAAUUGAACAGCAGCGGCCAUAUUAAGAUGUGAGAAUUAAACUCACAAGGAUCGACAGGAACACAAAAUCAAAAUGUAUAAAACCUUUUUGAAGUGCUAUUGGUUUGCCAGUCCUACUUCCUAACAUUACCCCACUCCGUGUUCUUGAAUUUGACAUUUCGUCUCAUAUUUAUUUAUUUUUCAUAAAAGCUUUAAUUUUAUGUUUAGUAAAUAAAAUCUCCAUCCAUGACAGUAGUGGUGUAUGAAGUACUUGAAUUAGAAGAAUUUCAGAUGAACGCCGAAGAAAUUCUUUAAGCUACUGUAUUUAAAGUCUCAUAACAUUAAGCACUCUGUAUUUUUCCCACUUCACAAGGUUUUGCAACUCCCGCCCCAAGUGAACAUUCUAAUCAAACUGCCUGUUUGAUAUUUAUUUUGGGUUAUUUCAUUAAACAAAUGUACAUCCAUUACUGUUUAACUCACAGAUAAAAAAUAAAUUGAAUUAAUAAAUAUUUCAAUUUGAGUUAAGCACCACUUGUUACAAAGACAUAAAUGAGAGCAGGGAAAAGAUUGUUGCCAACAUUCUUGAUGCUUUCCCAAAUGUUUUAUCUUUCUGUGGACUAUAUGUAAUAAAGAGUAAAGAAUA